CUCCCCUCCGGUGUUUAACACUGAGCUUCAGCUGAGCUGAGGUUUCCUUCUUUUAACUGGCCACAGACCUAAAUAUAUUCGUUUAUAGUAUUUUCAGUUGGUGUGGUUGUUCGAGUAAAGUUGCCUGUUUCACCUCUGAAGAGUCGAAAAUACAUUGGUGCUGAACUUUUCUGUCGAAGUAGGGUUAAAGCGUGAACUCGUGAUGGCUCCGGAGACAACGGCUCAAUCUGUCUGUCGGCAUGGACUCUGAGAAUCGCGCGCUGAUGAAGGAGUACGUCAAGAUGAUGACUGACAUGAUCGUACUGUGCGCCACUCUGGCACUCUCCCUCUUCUUCUGGGUCCUCUCCCUCACAAUCAGCACAUACUAUGGCACACUGCAGCCUGUGUCACCGUGGCGGUGGCUGUUCUCCAUCUUGGUUCCGCUCGUGGUAACUGUCCGAGCUCUGAAGAGACGCAGUCUGGAUCUCUCAGGAGCUCUGGGAGCCCUCCUGGUGGGAUUUGUGUUGACAAUGGCCAACUACAGCUUCUUCUCCUCUCUGCUGGCCUUCUUCAUCACCUCCUCCAGACUGACCCGCUGGGGAGGAGCACAGAAGAAGAAAAUAGACGCAGAGUACAAAGAAGGGGGCCAGAGGAACUGGGUGCAGGUCUUCUGUAACGGAGGCGUUCCCACAGAGCUGGCGUUGCUCUACAUGAUAGAGGUGGGUCCAGGUGAGAUGCCCAUUGAUUUCGGUAAACAGUACUCUGCCUCCUGGAUGUGCCUCUCUCUUGUGGGCGCGCUCGCAUGCAGCACUGGGGACACCUGGGCGUCGGAGGUGGGACCUGUCCUCAGCACAUCACAGCCUAGACUCAUCACCACCUGGAGGGAGGUCCCGGCAGGAACAAACGGAGGAGUCACACCUGUCGGACUGGUCGCCAGCUUCCUCGGCGGAGUCGCGGUGGGCGUGGCUUACUUUGUAACGCAGCUUCUGACGGUCAGCGACCUGCACCUGGCCGACCCCCAGUGGCCCAUCAUAGUGUACGGCGGUGUGGCUGGCCUGCUGGGAUCGAUGCUGGACUCCUUCCUGGGAGCUCACAUGCAGUAUUCAGGCUUUGACUCGAGCAUUGGGAAGGUGGUGAGCUACGAGUCGGCCACGACCCGGCGGAUCUGUGGGAAACCCAUCUUAGACAACAACGCUGUCAACCUGUUCUCCUCCGUCCUCAUCGCCCUGUUCCUGCCUGGGCUGGCGUGGGGGCUGUGGCCACGAUAGACGGACCGCUGGUUUCUGAGACAGCUGAGCUGUCCAUUUGAUUAUUGGUAACAAACGCAUCACACUGAAGACCAACACAACACACGCAUGCUGCCUGUGUUCUUAUGUGUUGGACUGUGUUACUGUGUGAGAUUAAAGUGUAGAUUGUGUGUAGAUUAAACUGUCUUUUUCAUAGAAAAAGACAAAGAGGAAAAUAAAUU